GGUUUUCUUGUCCUCUUUCGGAAUCACAAAGUUCCUGACAAACACGAUCAGAAAUUAUAUUAAACAUCUAAAGCAUGGAAGAAAUCAAACUUGUCUCUCUUGCCGCCCCUCCAAACCCCUCCUUAUAAAUUUGUCCUCGGUUAGUAAGUCUAAAAACAAACCUCAGCUUUCAAAAGUCAACAGCAUCGCAACCCGAACCAUUCUUUUGCUUCACCACCAUCAUUCCCGAAUACGUUCCUGUAGCAGAAACUCUCCUGAGAGGCCAAAUGGGUAGUGAAAGCCAUCAGCUUCACAUGUUCUUCUUCCCUUUCAUGGCUCCAGGCCACAUGAUCCCAAUGAUCGACAUGGCCAAACUAUUCGCCAUUAGAGGCUGCAAGUCCACUCUCAUCGCCACCCCCCAUGACGAGCCCACCUUCUUGAAAUCCAUCGCGAAAGCCAAGGAUUCGGGCUUCGACAUCGAUGUCGUCAUAGUGACAUUGCCCCUGAAAGAGGUCGGCUUGCCAGAAGACUCUGACAAUCUGAACAAGGUCACUACGGUGGAAAUGCGCAAGCAAUUCAUGAGAGCUAUCAUGAUGCUGGACCAACAGCUCGAGCUGCUGAUAGAAAAACUUGCCCCAGAUUGUCUAGUCUCGGACAUGUUCCUCCCAUGGACAACCGAGAUCGCAGCCAAGUGGGGAAUCCCUAGGCUCGUUUUCCACGCAAGUGCCUUCUCCAUUUCUGGCACAGAAUGUGUGAGGAUCUAUGAGCCUCAUAAGAAGGUGUCACACGAUUCGGAGCCCUUCAUCAUCCCCAACUUCCCCGGAGAAAUCACAAUGUCCAGGAUGCAGUUGCCGGACUUCUAUAGGGAAGAGACCGAGUUCACCAAGUUCUUCAACGAGGUAAAGGAAUCGGAGAAGACGAGCUUCGGAGUUGUCAUGAACAGCUUCUACGAGCUCGAGCCAGCUUACGCUGACCAUUACAGGACAUUCCUUGGGAGACGAUCCUGGUUCGUUGGCCCGCUCUCAUUGUGCAAUAAGGAGGAGGACAAAGCACACAGGGGCAACCAAGCAUCCAUCGACCAGCACGAGUGCCUCAAGUGGCUCGACUCGAAGCAACCCAACUCAGUGAUAUAUAUUUGCUUCGGAAGCAUGGCAAAUUUCAAUGCUGCUCAGCUCCACGAGAUCGCAGGACUAGAAGCAUCAAAUCAACAAUUCAUUUGGGUGGUGAAGAAGGACCCGAAUGUGGAAGAAGGCAAAGAAGAGUGGUUGCCUGAUGGGUACGAAUCAAGAAUCCGAAACAAGGGCCUCAUAAUCAGGGGCUGGGCUCCUCAGGUGCUGAUUCUCGAUCAUGAGGCGAUUGGGGGUUUUGUGACACAUUGCGGGUGGAACUCCACACUGGAGGCGAUCACGGCCGGCGUGCCAAUGGUGACUUGGCCGGUCGCGGCAGAGCAAUUCUUCAACGAGAAGUUUGUGACCCAGGUGCUCAAGAUAGGGGUCAACAUAGGGGUGAAGCAGUGGGUGAGGUUGUUCGGCGACAGCGUGAAGAGCGAGAGAGUGAAGGAGGCAGUGAAGAGAGUCCUGGUGGGUGAGGAAGCAGAGGAAAUGAGGAGGAGGGCGAAAGCACUUGCAGAGAUGGCAAGAGAGGCUGUGGAAGAACGCGGCUCCUCUUGGUCUGAUUUGGGAGCUCUGCUUCAAGAGCUGGGACAGCAGAGAUUGGCUCUCAACAAGAAGAUCUGAUUCUUGACCUGAAGCAAUCAAUCUUGAAUUUUUGGUUGCGUAGAAAUCCUUAAUUCUCAGCUUCUGUUGUGGUUUAACCGUAGAGAAAGUUACUGGAUUUGCUGCUUCUUUCAUUGAAUUUAUUUUAGGACUUGUGAUCAUUCAAUAUGUAGGAUGUGACUUAUUUUCUUUUGAGGUAAAAGGAAAUGUAUACAUUGUCUUGAAUUCUGUUGUGCCAAUGAAAUUAGAGUUAGUGCAA